CUACAUUGGGCCGCCAGAAAGCUUAGGAGGUUCUCUUAAAUUUGAAAGCUAACUCUCAUUAUAAUCUUACAAAGAAUCUCUCCUUGAAAUACAAUGUCGCAGGGCAAGGGCGGAGACUCGCAGAAGGGCACCACCAUCCGGGAGGCGCUAAGGCAAUGGGAGGAGAACACUGGGGAGAAGGCCACCGAGGCUGUUGAGGUGAAACUCAUCGGUAUAUACCCGCCCAUAGAGAAGCUGGACAACGCUCUCCAAACCCUCGUUAACUGCGAGAAGCUGUGUCUGUCUACCAACAUGAUAGAGAAGUUGAGUCACCUGAAUAACCUGCGCUGCCUCAAGAUACUCAGCCUUGGCAGAAACAACAUUAAGAACUUCGCUGGACUGGAGCUGGUAGCCGAAACACUGGAGCAGCUAUGGAUCUCUUACAACCUUAUAGAGAAGAUGAAGGGCAUUGGUCUCCUGAAGAAACUGAAGGUGCUGUAUAUGUCCAACAACAUGGUGAAGGACUGGACAGAGUUUAUGAAGCUGACAGAAGUGUCCACUUUAGAGGAGCUUAACUUUGUGGGUAACCCGCUGGAGGAGAAGCACUCGGGGGACGGAACCUGGAGGACCGAGGUGGAGAGGAAGCUGACGUGGCUCAAGAAACUGGAUGGUCUGCCCAUAAUCCGUGAUGUUGAUGACGAGCUGAUACUCGAACAGCAACAACAACAACAGAGUAGGAAGUCCUCCAUGGAUCCUUCCUCCACCUCCUAGUUCUCCAUGAACCUCC